UUAGUACAUGCAUUGCCUAAACAUGUUUAAUUUCACAGUUUAUUUUAUCAUUGAUGCAGCAUGUUAAAGAAUACCUGUUAUAAUUCGUAGAGACAGGUAGGUGCAUGUUUACAGGUUAAAUUAAUCAUAAAUAAAUUAUAUAUUUUACAUAUCACAAUUCGUGAUAUACAUGUACCGGUAAAAAAAAAUAAUAAAUAAAUAAAAAAUAAUUAGAUAAGAGACAAUCAAAGGAAUUGAUUUAAGCUCAAAUGAUUGAGUUGAUAGAUAUGAAUAAAAAUUGACAUUGAAGUCGAUGCAUUGAAACUGUUACAAAAAUAAAUCAAAUUAAAAGACAAAAUACUAGCUAUGUGAUGUUAGUAAGUACUUCAAUUUUUAACCUAUUUCGUUUAUACAAAUGCCUAGAAUUGGUCGACGAAGAAAUGGGAAUGGGCGCGCACGAGUGCCCGUUGUUGAAGCGCAACCACCAGAGAGACGACGCGGAAGGAGAAACCGUGCAGUUGCUGCACCAAGAAAUCAAAAUGUGGGGCAAAUUGUUGGUGAAGUACAAGUACAAGCACCUCUUCCUCUACAAAUCCAGGCUCCUUUGCCAAUUGAAAGACAACCUGCCUUGCAAGGUCCCGUAACACCAGCAAUGCACGUACAAGCGCCAUUUGCGCAAGUUGAAAUACCAGCUCCUGUGCCAAUGCCUAAUCAAAAUGCUUGUCUUAGUAAUGAAAUAUGGAUUAUUGGUUCUUCAAUAAUAUGCAGUGCUCAUGAUCACUCGGAGAACAGACCUUCAGAUAAAAACUGUUUAUACGGCGACAGAAAAGGAGUGGUAUUUAAUAAUGUUGGGUGGACUUGUGCUCAGAUGUACAUUUUGGGUCCUCACAAUUGUGAUAGUACACAAGUACAACAGCUAUGUUGCGCAUCGUGUAACCCUGAAACAACAUCAAUUGCAGUAACAACAGAAGCCAAAACAACAACAACUAAAUUACCGACUACAACUGAUUAUUUAACGACAACAGAAUCAUUUACAACACCAGAACCUCUGACAACAACUAAAUCAGUUACUACAACAGAAUCUGUCACAACAACAAAGCCUCUGACAACAACUGAAUCUGUCACAACAACAAAGCUUCUGACCAUAACUGAAUCUGUCACAACAACAAAACCUCUGACAACAACUGAAUCUAUCACAACAACAAAGCCUCUGACAACAACUGAAUCUGUUACAACAACAGAGCAUCUGACAACAAUUGAAUCUGUCACAACAACAGAGCCUCGGACAACAACUGAUUCUGUCACAACAACAAAGCCUCUGACUACAACUGAAACUGUCACAACAAGAGAGCCUCGGACAACAACUGAAUCUUUCACAACAACAGAGCCUCUGACAACAACUGAAUCCGUUACUAAAACAGAACCUCUGACAACAACUGAAUCAGUUACAACCACAGAGGCUGUGACAACAAAAGAACCAGUUACUACAACAGAGACUUUGACAACAACUGAAUAUGUCAAUAAUUCACAGCCUUUGACAGCAACCGAAUCAGUUACCACCACAGAGGCUGUAAAAAUAACCGACUCAGUUACUUCAACAGAGCAUGCGACACAAACUGAAUUGGCUACUACACCAGAGCAUGUGACAACAAAUAAAGCAGUAGCUACACCAGAGCCUGUGCCAACAACUGAAUCAGUUACUACAAUAGAGCCUGGGACAACAACCGAAUCAGUUACUACAACGGAGCCUUUGAUAUCAACUGAAUCAUUAGCUACAACAGAACUAUUAACAACUAAAAAUGCAGGUUCUACAACAGAACAUCCGCCAACUCUUGAAUCAGUUGUUACAACACACCCACAAACAUCUACAAAAUCAGUAACUACAACAGAACCUCUAACAACUCCCGAAGCAGUUAUAACAACUCAGCCACAAACAACUACAACAUCAGUAACUACAACAACUGCAGAGUCGGUUACCACAAAUAAGCUUCUAACAACAAGAAAAACAGAACCUCUAACAUCCUCUAAGUCGGUAAUUACACAAGAACCUGAAUCAUUCACUUCAGCAAAGACGAUAACAACUACAGAAACAUUCCCUCAAACAUCUCCUGGAUCAAUUAUGACAACCCAACCACAAACAACUACAAAAUCAGUAACUACAAGAGUACCUGUUACAUCCUCUAAUUCACAAACUACACAAGAUACUCUAACAACAAUUGAACCAGUUACAACAACUAAGCCACUACCAAGUACUGAAUCAGUUACUACAACAGAACCUCUAAAACCACCCGAACCAUUUAUAACAACAAGGCCACAAACAACUGCAACAAAAACUCAAACAACUAUUGAAUCAAUUACUACAACAGAACAUCCAACAACUACUGAGUCAGACACUACCACAGAUUUACUUACAACUACUUUAGGACCAUUAUCAACUUCGUCAUCAGGAUUAUUUGAUACGUCAAGACAGUUUGAAGCUUCUGUGUCAAUGGAUAAAACGUGGAAUCCAGAAUAUGCUAACACCUCUAGCACAGAAUAUUUAGACUUACAGAAAAACUUUACUAAACAGCUUAUGAAUAUGUAUGAAAAUACAACAAUAAAAGACGCUAUUCAGAAUGUGACAAUAACUGGAUUUAGGAAUGGCAGUGUUAUUGCGGAUUAUAUAAUAGAGUUAAAACCAGGAACAACAGAAUCCGAAACAACUAUAACAAAUAUUACAAAACAAGCAGUGGAAAAGAUCAAAUCAAAUCCUUCACCAGAUUUUGACCUUAUCAAAUUGAUCAACACAGACCAAAUUGUUGUCGAAGAAGUUAUAGCAAAAACAACUUAUGGAAUUACGUCGCCUCCAGAUGGGACAACUCAAAGCACAACACAGUCAGUAGAAACAAUGGAUAAUUUAGAGCCUCUUUUGAUUGGUAUCGGUGCAGUUGGAGGAGUUAUCAUUUUAGGCAUCGGAAUAUGCAUUAGUAUUUGUUGUAUGCGUUCGAAGAAAUCAUCUCAAAAUGCAGAAAAAAUAAAUAAGGUAAUACACAUUUUAAUUUAUAUCAAUUGCACGAUAUAUAUUAUAUAUAUAUUACAACGUAAUAGUUUCUGUAUCAUAUAGAUCAUAUUUGAGUUUGAUAUGAAAUUUAUGGAACAAUGUGUGGGAUAUUGCGAUAUGUAAUUUUAAACAUGUUAAAUGGGGUUUCUUGUUAACAAAUGUGUAUACUUGUUAUUGUAAUUUACUACAAUC